AUGGUGGCCGGUUCGUCUGUGGUCGGACACGCGAGGCUGCUGCCUUGCUCACUGCCCGGAUGCCCGGCGCGAUAUGUCGCGGCUACUUACGUAGUGGUAGAUGCCCGUUUUCGUAAGAAAGGCUGGGGACAACUUCUCAUGCGCAUGGUGGAGGCGGUGGCCGCUGUAGAUUUGAAGGCGGACUACGUGGUUUUGUGGACCCGUGCUGCGGCCGGAUUCUACACGAAACUUGGCUACCAGCGGUGCCAGGCUGCGGAGGUUGAAAGUCCAUGCCUCUCCCGCUUGAGCUCGCAUCAACAGGAGGCAAUGCUUUCCACGCUCCGGAAUCUGAUGAACAAGCAAAAGCGGGCCAUGGGUAUGCAAGAAGCAAGUCUGCUGGGACAACUCGCCAAUUCGGAUUCCGGAAACCAGCAACCGCGUGAAGACACCUCAAGCAGAGAUAUCUGGUUUCGUAAGCGCGUGGGUCCAUGCAUCGCAGAGCCCGAGCGCCUCCCGCUGUCUCAGCGCUGUGUGGAAGUGGCUGCUACUCUGGAUUUGCUGACAAAAGGCUCGCAGGCCACUCGGGCAAGCGAAUGCCUGGGAGACUUUCAGGCAAGCGGCACGACUGGCAAUACCUUGCUGCCCCAGGCAGCGGAAACGAGCAGCUCGAGUGUGUCCGAGCCCGCGGCUGAACAGGACAACAUCGCUGCGGGGUUCACACGGACUGGUUGGACGUACAGGCUGCUUAACGUGCCUUGGUGCAGACAGAUUGGGCCUUCGUGCGGCGUCAGUGCCCUUUGCAUGGCGUCUACGUUCUUUGCGAUGACGGGGCAAGACGCAGACCGACCCGUCCCCAGCACGGGAGCUGCAAGGGGUACGGCCUUGACUAGUGCUGUCGCUCUAGGAGACCAUUUAUUGAAGUUGUCGAGAGAGUGGGGGAUUUCUAUGGACGGCGAGGUUUUCAGCGUUUACGACUUUGUUCGGCUAGCCCGAAUAGGCGCACAUCUUGACGCGACAGCGGUGGAAUUCGCCCCCUGUGAGGACUCGGACGGUGACACGGCUGACGGCGAACCGCACGCUGAGGCGGAUGGAGAGACGCUUCUUCUCCACACUAAUGCGUGGAAUCAGAUCACCUCGUUUAUACGCCGCGGGUGGCUCCUGAUUGUUCCAUACGAUUCUGAGGGGGGAUACCCUGCUCUCAAAGGAGGCCGUAAGGCACAUUACGGGGUCGUAUUGGGCGUCGCGUGCCGAGAGGCGCAGCAAAGGCUGAAGCUUCGUCACUCUCCUUCGCUGGCGUUGGCGCGCCAUGAGGCAGGCGAUACUGUAUCUGACAGACGCGGUGCCGCGUCUUCUACUUCAUGCCGGGGGGAAAAGAAAGCGGAUGGUGACGCAGGUGCGCGGGAGACGACACAGCGUGGUCCGCCUAACGAAGACGGCCCCGAGCAAUAUCUGCGGCAUCGUGAAGAGGAAUGUUCGCAAGCGUGUGAUGAAUCGCAAUUAGAGGCGGUACACGCUUCGCUGUUGGGGAGGGCAGUCGUGCUCCAGCACGGCAGAUCCAGACUAUUAACAGUAGCAACUUGGGACCAUCUCAUGAACUCUAACGCACAGCUGCGGAAUGCCAACAAGAUUGCUUUCCCUCAUGCCUGUGAGAUGAAGCUCAGGAACCGAGCCAUUUUGGUUCGGGGGUUCUUGAGUAGCUAA